GUGGCUUCGGCGGCUUCCCUCCCCCCCCACCCCCGCGUCUCCCCCGAGAGGACGAUCGUCCGGCCGAGCUGGGGCGCCUCCCUCCGGCUUGCAUCCCCGCGAGGAGCCGAGGAAAGCGACGGAAGGAGGCGGAGCCCCCCCGACUGAAGCGGACGUGCGCGCUCGGUGCGGAGCGGCUGUCAUGAUCUCUGCGGCACCUCUCUACAGCGGGGUGCAUAACUGGACGGGCGCUGAACGGCUUCACACGUGCAGCCUCGACGAAGAAAGGAGAGUUCCACUUUCUGAUGAAGAAUCUAACACCAGCAGUUCCCAGCACCUGGCUUCGCCGGAGUUCUGCAACAGUUUUUCCAAGGUGGAGAUCACAGCGGUUUCGGGAAGUGGUGGGGGCGCCGAAGGGUUUGAACCGGAGGGCACCGUGGAGAAAGAAGCCGACCCCCAACUCCGGGAGCAGGCCCACGAGCCAGACUGUGCCCAGAAGGCCUUGAAGGACAGCGAUGCCAAGGCUGGCAAGCUUCAAGAGCCUGAAACGCCCCAGCUGGACAGUAGCAGCAGCAGCAGCCGCAGCCUGGACUGCCCGUUACCCUCUGCUGCAGAGAAGACGGCGGAGGUGAUCCCGUUCUGCCCCAAGGCUCUGGAGAGUGGCGAGCAGAUGGGAAAAGAGAAGGCUCUCCCAGCGCCCGCUGCCUCCGUCAACCCCAUCGCAGCGACCAGCAACAGCAGCUGCAAUACGGUGGCCCCGGGUCCCGCCACCUACACCCUGAAGAGCGUCUGUUUUUCGACAUCUCAGGCCCCCCCUAUGCAAAAAAUGUCCCUCUCGCUGCCCCCCGGAGCCACCGUCCUCACCCCCAGCCAGCCGCUGGUUUACCUCCCUCCUCUUUCCAACACGCUGGGUGUCUCGCCCGCCCUUGCCCUCCCGGUUUUAUCGUCCUUCCCACAAGACCCUUGCCUGCCCGGUCUUCACCCAUACCCGUAUGCUUUCUCUGUGGGCAGACCCUUGGCUCCCGACCCCAAAGCAGCCUGCGUCGAGGCCGCUCAGUUAAGCUGCCCGCCAGCUUCCGGAGACAAGGGUAGCGCCCCCGUGACGCCAGGCUGCGGCCCUCCUGCCAACGGCCCAGAACUGGUCUCCAGCACCCCUGCCUUGGCAGCCUCGUGCGCCAGCGCUGUCCCCCUCUCAGGUCCUGCCGCCGUGCUGCCCCGAGUCCCCGAGCGGCUGGCUGCGGGGGUCCUGGCGUCCAUCUCCCCGCUGAAGUCCCCCCCGCAGCUGGAACGCGAGAUGGUCUCCUCUCCGGAAUGCAGCGAGAUGCCUCUGGAUCUGUCCUCCAAGUCCAACCGCCAGAAGCUGCCUCCACCGAGCCAGCGCAAGACGCCCCCGAUGCCCGUGCUGACUCCGGUGCACCCCAGUGGCAAAGCUCUGCUGACGCCGGUUUUCUCCAAGGCCCAGCGAGUGGCCCAGGCCACCGCCUCGCCCUUUGUCAUCUUCCCGGAGCUCCUGCGCAACGGAGAGCAAAGCACGUGGGUGAAAAACCCCACGGCUUUCAUUGGCACCAUCCCGGGCACUUACAUGGGGGUGGCCAACCCCGUGCCAGCCUCGGUCUUGUUGAGCAAGGAUGCCGGGGCCGACCUAAGCAGCAGGGACUCCCGGCAUCUUCCAAAGCAGGAGCCCAUCUGUAUUAUCGAUCAGGGAGAACCCCGGAGUGCCGUGUUGCCUUCUGGGAAAAAAAAUGGGUCGGAGGGACAAGCGGACCUCACCAGGCGCACCCCGGCUCCUCCGUUACGCCCUUCCAAGGAGCUGUCCCUCUGGAAUCCCAGCCAAGCAAACCUUUACUCUCGGUGUUCGCUCAACGGGAAGCCCGCCAGCCCGCAACUCCUGCCCAUCGGGUGGUCCCAUUACCAUCCAGGCACCUUGCUUUCCAUCGGCAUCUCGGCGACGGCACAGCUGCCCCCCAAUCCGGUCGGGCCCCCUAAGACCCCUGGUCCCAGCGAACCGGCUGUGUUCCCUGCUGGGCAGCUGGCAGAAGCUACCCCGGUGGUCCAGAAGGCCCCUGAAGCUCCCUCCCAGGGCAAAGGAUGUAAGGCGGCCCUGCCCAGCGCCGAGAGCCCUUUGUGCGUCUCGCCAGCUCUCCAGACCGGCCCGCCUGAGGCAAAGGGCUCGAGGGGUCUCGACCGACGAGAGACGGACUCGGCCGCCGAGAACGCCCUUCUGCCCCCACCCGAAACUCCCCCGGAGGGUUGUGCCCACAAGCACUCCAGGGACCCCAAAGCUAAGAGUCCCUUCUUGACUGCCCAUCCGCCCCAUGGCCUGCCCUUAGCCAGCCAGGCGACCAUCCGGGUCACGGCGGAGUCGGCCUCUCCUGCCGAGAAACAGUGCCGGGAGCGGCAAGGGGACGCUUCCCGUAACCCCCCGAACGUCGAGGUCCCUCCCUGCCCUGUGCACCAGGUGGACCUCAGCCGGAUCAAGAAGGAGCGGGUAGAGCCCGAGCCCCCCUUUGCCUCGGCCACCUGCCUGCAUGUGGGGGCCACCUUGAGGGACCCUCCGAAAGCCAAGCUGAAGGGGAUGGCCCACAUCAAAGUCGAGGGGGGCUUCCCCUGCAAAUCCAAGCGGCACCACGAGGGGCCAGACCGGCCAGCCCACAAGAAGCUGAAGUUGCGUGGGGGAGAAGAUUUGGGGGCUCCCUGCAAGACGAGCAGCCAGAAUCAGCACAGCCGGAAGUGGCGGAAGCAUCACAGCAACCUCCAUGAGAUCACGGACGAUGGCCGGCUGGGCUGCGUGAAAGAGCGAGGGAACCUCCGUGCCAAGCGCAAGCGCCGGAAGUUGUCCCCUGGCCACCGGGGCCAGAGCUGCGAGGAAGCUUACGUGGAGAAGAAAGCCAAGAACAAUUUUAGAGACUUCAUCCCCAUCGUGCUCAGUAGCCGGACACGCAGCCAGUCAGGGACCACAGGGAGCUCAUCUAGCAUGUUAGGAGAUUGUGACGGAGCCGGGCAAGAGAUGGUGCCGCUGUUGGAGGAGGCGAACGACGAAGCCGAAGAGCUCUCCCCGAAGCAUCACCGGCUACGGAAAUCCCACCGCCUCUCACCUCACUCCAACUGCAAGGAGCGCGCUCGGUCGGAAAGAGGCCUCUUUCACCCCAGUAAGAAUCAGGGGCUGCUCUGGCCAGGCGAGGCCAGCAGGCAGCUCUGGAGCCGCAAAGAAGCCGAAGAGGAGAGCAGCCACGUCAAGAGGAAGAAACGGAGGCGGCAGAAAAGCUGGAAGUACCAAAGUGGAGAAUAUCUGAUCGAAAGGGACAAAGGAGAACACUUGAGCUGUUGUCGCCAUAAGCGGCGGAAAUCCAAAGCAGAUUUCCGGUACAGAAAGCACAAAAGCUCAGCUCUGGGCAAAGGUUCGGAGCUCUGCCUGAGGAGCAGGCUCUCCCCAUCCCUCCAAGGUCACCUGGACUUCCAGAAUGGGUUCCUCCUGGAUCACUCGGAUGUGGCUCCAAUCCAAGAAGGGCUGGAGAAACCUUCCGGGAAACGCAAAUGCAAAACCAAACACCUGUCGGGCCUCUGCGAAGAGGGGAAGGCCAAGUCCCGCUCUCCAAAGAAGUCCCGGGAACCCAGCCCGUUUGGCAAAGUUCGGCAGCCCAGCAUGGAGAGGACCCCCGAGACUCCCGCAAGUCCACCCGUGCCCCCCGAAGCUCGACGUCUGAUCGUGAACAAGAAUGCCGGGGAAACGUUGCUGCAGAGAGCAGCCCGGCUUGGGUAUAAGGACGUGGUGAUGUACUGCCUGCAGAAGCCGAACAACGACGUCAACCACCGAGACAACGCCGGGUAUACCGCUCUGCACGAGGCCUGCGCUCGGGGCUGGGUAGACAUCCUGCAGACGUUGCUGGAACACGGAGCCAACGUGAACUGCAGCGCACAAGAUGGCACUAGGCCCGUACACGAUGCGGUUGCAAAUGACAACCUGAAGAUUUUGUGGCUGCUCCUCUCCUACGGUGCUGACCCGACCCUGGCCACCUAUUCGGGGCAGACGGCCUUGAAGCUGGCCAACAGCGAUGUGAUGAAGAGUUUCCUGACUGAUCACCUCUUGGACCUGCAGGGACGACCUGAUGAGGAUCCCCAAACUGCCUGGGAUUUUUAUAGCAGCUCGGUACUAGAGGCGAAAGAGGAGGUAAGCUGCGACCUUCUGCUCGACCCCCCUGGGAGCUCUGAUCAGGAGGAGGAGCGGGACUCGGACCACUUAAUGUUUGAGUUCUCGGAGAAGCCGCUGCUUCCUUGCUACAACCUGCAAGUUUCCGUCUCCCGAGGGCCCUGCAACUGGUUUCUCUUCUCGGACGUCCUCAAGCGCCUGAAACUCUCGUCUCGCAUCUUUCAAGCUCGCUUCCCGCACUUUGAGGUGACGACUCUGCCCAGAGCGGAGUUCCAGCACCAGAUCUCGCUCAGCCAGGUCUUGGCUCCGGAAGAAAUCCAGGAAUACGUGUGUCCCCCGGCAAUCCUGGGCGCCGUAGAGACGGUAGAGCUGGUCCGUUACCAGCCAGAGCUGGUCCGGUUGCUGGGCUCCGAAGUGGCGUUCGAAGCCUGGAGUAGCUGACGGGGGACACACACACCCUCCUCUCUGACAGGCCAGCCGGAGAAGCCCCCCACCACCACCAUCUCCCACCACCCGUCGGACUGCACCCACCGGAGGCAAUAAUGGACCAAUGAGGCGGCCUUCUCGAGGCCAAAGGGGAUGGGACGCUACCCACAGCCCUUCAAUUGACUGGCGGCAGCUGGUCGCUUCUCCUCCCAUAUGAAGGGGGUGGGAGAGGUGGGGGGGAGGAGAAGGCCAGAAGCUGCCUCUUCCCUCUCGCCCUCUUCUCUCCCUCCCCCUCCCCCGGACUCGAAGUGUGCUGCCCCUCCCCUCCUUCUUGCAGGCCUUGGUGGGUUUUGGAGCGGAACGCAUCUCCCCUUUUCCCCCCCCUCCUCACUUUGAAACCCUGCCCCAAGUUCUUCCAGGGUAUUUAUUUAAUUAGUAUUUAAUUUGUGGUGUUCCUUUUUGAGUGGGGCAAGGGGGGGGGAGGGAGGGAGG